UUGCACUGGUACAGAUGGCACGGGGUGCGCGGUGGCGGGCAGCCGCUCUCUCGUCGCGUGCGUGCGUCGCGCGCGUGGCGCCUGCACACCGAGCUGGCGGGCCGCGCCGCGCUGUACGCCCGCCCCGCCACACACCACGACAAGGUGUCUGCACCACACCCUCACACACUGUACUAUCACACCGAGCUGGCGGGCCGCGCCGCGCUGUACGCCCGCCCCGCCACACACCACGACAAGGUGUCUGCACCACACCCUCACACACUGUACUAUCACACCGAGCUGGCGGGCCGCGCCGCGCUGUACGCCCGCCCCGCCACACACCACGACAAGGUGUCUGCACCACACCCUCACACACUGUACUAUCACACCGAGCUGGCGGGCCGCGCCGCGCUGUACGCCCGCCCCGCCACACACCACGACAAGGUGUCUGCACCACACCCUCACACACUGUACUAUCACACCGAGCUGGCGGGCCGCGCCGCGCUGUACGCCCGCCCCGCCACACACCACGACAAGGUGUCUGCACCACACCCUCACACACUGUACUAUCACACCGAGCUGGCGGGCCGCGCCGCGCUGUACGCCCGCCCCGCCACACACCACGACAAGGUGUCUGCACCACACCCUCACACACUGUACUAUCACACCGAGCUGGCGGGCCGCGCCGCGCUGUACGCCCGCCCCGCCACACACCACGACAAGGUGUCUGCACCACACCCUCACACACUGUACUAUCACACCGAGCUGGCGGGCCGCGCCGCGCUGUACGCCCGCCCCGCCACACACCACGACAAGGUGUCUGCACCACACCCUCACACACUGUACUAUCACACCGAGCUGGCGGGCCGCGCCGCGCUGUACGCCCGCCCCGCCACACACCACGACAAGGUGUCUGCACCACACCCUCACACACUGUACUAUCACACCGAGCUGGCGGGCCGCGCCGCGCUGUACGCCCGCCCCGCCACACACCACGACAAGGUGUCUGCACCACACCCUCACACACUGUACUAUCACACCGAGCUGGCGGGCCGCGCCGCGCUGUACGCCCGCCCCGCCACACACCACGACAAGGUGUCUGCACCACACCCUCACACACUGUACUAUCACACCGAGCUGGCGGGCCGCGCCGCGCUGUACGCCCGCCCCGCCACACACCACGACAAGGUGUCUGCACCACACCCUCACACACUGUACUAUCACACCGAGCUGGCGGGCCGCGCCGCGCUGUACGCCCGCCCCGCCACACACCACGACAAGGUGUCUGCACCACACCCUCACACACUGUACUAUCACACCGAGCUGGCGGGCCGCGCCGCGCUGUACGCCCGCCCCGCCACACACCACGACAAGGUGUCUGCACCACACCCUCACACACUGUACUAUCACACCGAGCUGGCGGGCCGCGCCGCGCUGUACGCCCGCCCCGCCACACACCACGACAAGGUGUCUGCACCACACCCUCACACACUGUACUAUCACACCGAGCUGGCGGGCCGCGCCGCGCUGUACGCCCGCCCCGCCACACACCACGACAAGGUGUCUGCACCACACCCUCACACACUGUACUAUCACACCGAGCUGGCGGGCCGCACCGCGCUGUACGCCCUCCACCACACAGAUUUGUGUAGGAUCGAUUGUAUGUAUUUGACUCAUGUUCAUAUCCAAAGAUGUCCGGAUCUCAUGGUAGGUCUCAUUCUUAUAACAUCAACGUGUCUCCAUCAUAGCCAUCUAGAAAUAAAAAAGAAUUCUUAUGUUAACAACAUUAAAGAAAAAGCUCAUCCGACGAUGCACGGCGACGACGCCCCAGGUUACAUGCAUAAAGCGCCAGUGCUCCGGGUGGCAGAUAAAAUAGUGGACAAUAAUAUUAACAAUAAGAAUAAUUGCCAAAAAAGUGAUAGUAUAAAGAAGAGUGUAUCUAUAUCAACUCAAUAUAAACCAACACACAAUAAAUCCGAAACGGGACACAAGCAAAAGAGCUGCCCUGUACACAAGAAAAAGAAAAUUAAAACACCUGAAUCCUUUACUCCGUUUGUAUCAGACCAUUUGAUAAAGACUUAUUAG